GCCAAUUAAUACUCAUUCUACUGAAGCCACGACGACCCGGUAGUAAACCUUGCAAUACAACUUUAAUAUUUCCUUGGAUUUAACUGUUGUAAAGAUUGUGAUUUCAAGGGAGUUAUGAUGUCGAAUGUUUACAGGAGUAGUGACAGAAGAAAAUUGUACUCCGAGUACGAAUUGCAAAGAGAGGAUUUAACAGCUGUUCUGGGAAGAUCACAAUCUAUACCUGGAAAACCUCAUAUGGAACAUGAGAAAAAGAUGAGGAGAGAGAUUGCUAACAGCAAUGAGAGAAGAAGAAUGCAGAGCAUUAAUGCUGGAUUUCAGAGUUUAAAAUCAUUGAUUCCACACAGCGAUGGAGAGAAAUUGAGCAAGGCUGCCAUUUUGCAACAGACCUCUGAUUACAUUGAGCAGUUGGAAAGUGACAAGACCCGACUUUUAGCCAUCAACAACCAACUAAGCACUCAGCUGAAAAGGUUAUUGGGGAGUGAUUUUGAGAAGCAAGUAUCCAUCAACAACUAUAACCCAUCUCCACCGACAAAACGGAAGAAGCGAGAUACAGAAUCAUCAGAUGAGGGAAUAUCAGCAGAUUAUGAAGACAUCAAUGAAAUCAAGCGGGAGAUGAUAGACUUGCGAUGCCAGUUAGACCGAGAAAGACAUCUGCGAAUGAUGCUGCAAAAACAAAAUCAAUCGUAUGAUUUGAAGCAAGAGAAUCCAACAUUUGUUGAACAUAUGCAAGAAAAGAGACCUAAAGAUAAAGUUAUUUAUGUUGAGUCUGUUGAAUCAGAGGAAGAUGAGAAGAUGCAUGAGAGAAAUUCUUCGGACUCGGAAUCUAUGUCACGGAGAAACUUGGAGACAAUAGUGGAGGCCAUUAGACACCUAGAGGGAGAUCGUUUAGGGAUAAAUGAUAGGACAUCUCACCAUCGCGGCAUUCCUCAUAGUGACGAGAGUGAAAAAGACAGUAGUGUCACGUGCAGUGAGCCCGAGGACCGGGACUCUCCUAUUCCGUUUGAGAAAAUAGACUCAAGACAAUCAGUUACUGUCACUGAAGUUCCAUUGACUGAAAUUCACCCCCAUCUUUCUCCAUCACAGUAUCAUGAGAAAUUCCCCAUAGCCACCAACUUAUUACAUCGACCCAAUAUGGUUCAUUACUACUGUCGACCAAACGUUAUAGUUCAGAAGUCAUAAGACCUGCCAUGUGGGACUCAUCUUUCAUCCUGCCACUUUGUAAAUAGAGACAUCAUAGUUUCAUUAUGUCAUGGAAAAGAAACUGCCCUUUUUGUUUAAAAUUUCAUGAAGAAUUUUUUUUUUUCAUUUUUUGAAUUUAGUGAUUUUGAAUUAUUUCAAAAAGUGCUUCUCACCCAAGGAAAUGCUCAAUUUUUGUUAUUAAUGUAUACACAAUGUGCUGUUUUCUAACCUACGCUUUUAACAGACCAUGAAACAUGCUAGUGCAUUGUUAUAAAGGUUUCAUCUUUUCCAUUAAAUAUUCAAAAUCGUCAGAUUUUUUUCUUCAUUUAAUCUACAGGGAGGCAUUUUUCCCCAUUUUGACAUGUAAUUUAUUUCUUAUCACCAUGUACAUUUGUAAAUAGAUCAUGUCAUUGUAUCAAAUUUUGUUAAUGCAGUUGUUAAGUUUGAUCUUUUUGUAUGAAUGAGUUGCCUGUACAAGCUUUAAAUGCUGUUCUAAUGAUUUCUUUAAUAUCAAAAUUAAUAAUUAAAAUAGAAAGGAAAAUAUUUUUGGAAACCAGAACUAAUGAUUCUUGUAUAAUUUUUUGCCGACAACAUAUUCCAGUUGCUUUAUUGUGUAGGUGCUUAUUGUGACCGAAUGUUAAUAUUGUGUAGAUCCAGUCAUCAAGUGUGACCUGUUACACAGCAUUAUUUUAUGUCUCUGAUAAAUGUUACAGAAGCUGUCUAGUAUGUGUGUGUUAUUGAAUGAUUAUUGUGAAUUUAUGUUCUGACAUGGAUCCUCUCUUGA